AUGCAAACGUCAGAAUCCUCUGAAGUGGGCGAAUCUGCGUCUGAGAGCCGAAGGGCGCAGGCCGACGUGUUUGAGCCGCCUGACGCUGACGGCAAGAGAUUCGGGGCGGGGACCGGAGUGGGGCCGACCGGCUCCGGCUACCGGGCGACCCCGCGCACCGUUGCCGAGUUCCUCGGCGCAGAACCGGGCGACAAGGUGGAAGAUGCCGUCGUCCAUGGCUAUGUUCGGUCCGUACGGAAGCUCAAGUCGGAUCGAUUUCUGAACAUUGGCGACGGGUCGACCGUGAAGCACCUCCAGGCCAUUGCUCCCAAGUCUAUAGCUGGCGAGCUAAGAGUCGGUGCGGCGGUGCGCCUCCGUGGAUCCUGGGUUCCGUCCGAGCAGCGCGAGCAAUUCCAAACACACGAGCUUAAAGUAAAUGAGGUUGAGGUCCUGGGCCCCUCAGAUCCCGGCAACUACCCGCUCCAAAACAAGUACCAAACUCUCGAAUUCCUCCGCACCCUUCCUCAUCUCCGCUCCAGGAUACCCCUCAACUCUGCCCUCCUCCGCCUCCGCUCCGACGCCACCGUCGCCCUCACCCGCUUCUUCGCCGAGCGGGGCUACACACAGACCCACCCUCCGCUGAUAACAUCGUCGGACUGUGAGGGCGCCGGCGAGGUUUUCAGCCUUUCGGCCGGGAAGCCCAAGGCGGCGGCGCAACCGGGGGCGAAAGACGAAGAAGCCAAGAACAGAAAAGGGGAGGAGGAAGGGGUGAGCGGCCCGCGCAAAAAGGCCUCCGAGGCUCCCGACACCUUUUUCCGAUCCCCCAAAUACCUCACCGUCUCGACGCAAUUGCACCUGGAGGCCCUGGCGCAGUCCGUUGGCAACGUCUGGACGCUCUCGCCCACCUUUCGUGCGGAAAAGAGCGAUACAUCGCGGCAUAUGGCCGAGUUCUACAUGGUGGAGGCAGAGAUGAGCUUCGUCGAGGACAUGGACGCCGUGAUGGACUUAGCCGAGGACAUGGUACGCGGCGUGGUCGAGCGCCUGUCCAGCGAGUCGAGCGCGGCGCGCGAGAUCCUCUCCGCGGCCCAGCGUGUCACGGGCGACGCCGAAUCCCUCAUCGGCCCCGCGGAUGAGCUCCAGGCCCGGUGGGAUGGGCUGGGGGCCGGCGCGCCGCGGUGGCCGCGCAUUCGUUACGCCGAAGCCAUCGAGCUCCUACAGGCAGCGGAGGCGUCGGGCGAGGCUCAGUUCGAGCACACGCCUGCGUGGGGCGUCUCUCUUCAGGCGGAGCACGAGAAAUACCUCGCGAUGGCCCCACCGGCCCUGCUACCCCUGCAGCUGGCGCUCCCCGCAGGUGACAGGUCCCACGGUCGACUGCUUCGACCUGCUCGUGCCCGACGUGUGCGAGAUCGCCGGGGCUCCAUGCGCGAGCACCGCCUAGGCCCCUUGCUCGCCGCCAUGGAGAGGAAUGGCAUGCCUGCUCCGUCAGCCAAGCCCGGCAGAAGCACUAGCAACCUGGAUUGGUACGUCGAUCUGCGCCGCUGGGGGUCCCCUCCCCACGGCGGCUUCGGCCUGGGCUUCGACAGGCUUCUCGUCUACCUCGUAGGCGCCCAAAAUGUCAAGGACAUGGUUGCCUUUCCGCGAUGGUUUGGCCGGUGCGACUGCUAA